CCAAAUUCCACCUACCACCUCCAUAACUCAAAUAUGAUUGAUUGAGUGAUCGAGCAUCACAUUAUCCAUAGCCAGAUAAAUAAAAAAUCAAUUGAAAGAUCCAAAAUGAUCCACCUCAAACUCACAAUCCCCAAACCCAUCAAGAAACCCGUCAUCGAAACCCUAACAGCCCGACUAAAGUCCAUCGACGAAGACUUUAACCUCACAUCCAUCGAUCAGCGAUUCGCGGAAGCGUUCUACGAUUGUCCGGAUUCGAGCGAAUCAGAAUUAGACGUUGUCCGCGCGGAUAUCCAACAAUUGAUGAAAGAUCCGAACCCGCUGAUUCGUGGAUAUACAAUUGAUCAUCACUGGUAGUUUGGGGGGGUCUGAGUACGGAGUACGGAGUAAUUGGACUGGGGUUUGAGGCUGG